AUGGAAAUUUAUCUCGAGACGCUGGAACGACCUAUACAUUUACGCUCUUUUCUAUCCGAUUACCAAGAAAAACUGCCCAAGGCAACUGGCGAGACAGAGGAAGUGCCGUUUUUCUUUUCACCUACCUCGCCGGUGUCCGUGGAUGUGGAGAAAAGUUGCUCAUUAGAUCUGAUUUCCUCGCCAGACGAAAACUGCAUCCAUCCCUUUCAGCCCGGCGCUGAAAUCGUUCGCUCAAAUUUAGUAAAACCAAUGACCGACCGGGAUGUGCCCAAGCUCUACACAGCCCUUAGCGUGCACAAGGAAAACUCUCGCAAGAAUUCCUUUGGACGCACCCAAUUCAGUUACAGACUAGUCCCACCGCCAUCCGGGAAUAAUAGUGUUCCCGGGGCCAGGCUACUCGAAUCACCCGAACUACUGAUUACAGUCCGCUUCUAUCGGCCGGCACGUGCCACGCACCGAGGACUGAAGCUGGAAAGUCCUGUGUUUGCCGAGGAAUUUGUCUGCCUUGGCAGCACAUAUCUCACGGAGCUGCGUGACAAGAUCUUUUGCAUCUGCAAUGGCAAGCGUUUCGUGGACAUAAGUAAGGAUCCAGAUGCGCCUUUGCCAACUCUUGAAACAAAUCCGGGCUACUUCUUCAUCUAUGAUACCUUUUAUAACGACAAACGGAAUCCGGAUAAUUGCGAUUACUCGGAGACAGUGCUCCAAUGGGCCGCGAAGGCGCAGGGCUUGCAGGGCGAACAGUUCAAGGUGGAAAAUAUGGAAAGCACACGAAUCAUCGACCUCACUGUGAGACCGGGCGCACCUCUGCACUACCUGCACCAUGGAAAUUGCGAGCAUCUGUUUGUUUUUUCACAAAUUGAGGUCUUGCCAGCCAACGGCGGCCACCUCCUGGACCACAGCCUCUAUCCAUAUGUGCGCGCCAUUAACAACUAUAAUCGACGCAGCUGCUAUAUGUGCGGCCUUCGUGGCUACGAGUUCAUUGUCGAGAAGUCACUGCGUCAGCUGCACGAUCCCUCAUACCUGUGCCGCAGAUGCUUCCUCAGCUUCCACUAUGUGAACGGCGAGAAGGUGGGCCAAUUCAAGGCCUAUCGCAUAUAUGAUCGCCCCGAGGCCAUGAACGAGGAUGGAAAGACCCCAGAGGAUGGCGGGGAUAGCGUGGAUUUAGAAUCAACAUAAAAUAUACCAUCAAAUAACUACAAGCGAAUGUGAUUUUCUUGUAUAUUUGGUUUCGUUUUUAUUUGCGAACUCGGUAGACAGCAAUACAUUCAAUGAGUUAUUCGAUAUAUUCUUAUAGUUUUUAAUAAAAUACACACACAUUGUAACAAGAGUAAU